AUGGAAGACCACAAUAGGAAUACUCAGAGAUACCAAGCCAUCUUGCUACUUGAGUACUCAGAUGUUUGGCGAGGAUUGCUGUGGGACUGUGCGCGCCUGGUGCGGGUCAGAAAAGACGGUACACCUUACUGCUGUACACAACACGACCAAACGCCACACUCCAGUGUCAUACCUACGGUGGGGGGCACCUCCAAUAGCUCAGAAGGUGCUUCCACCGAAACAGGACGUAUUGCACCAGGAGAUGAGCAGGGUGAAGAUGAGGUUGUGAGCGGACUCGAGAAUGUGCAGAGAGUUAUGAGACGACUCUGGGAGGCUGCUCGUCGGGUAAGCGCACCUCAGAAUGAUUGA